AUGGUUAGGAUUGUCGAUGAAAGUGUGGAACUGACAAGUCCCGUCUCAUUGCAGCAGAAAAAGAAAGCAAACAAAUAUCUGAACUUUGACUCUCGUAUCUAUACUGCUCUGAUAACUGCUUAUCUUUUCUCAGGUUCUAUCAAGCGUCUGCUUCUACGUCGUUUCCUUUCGCCGACUUUCUUUAAUGCUAUAGCUCCGACUGUGUUAGGUUUGAUUGGAAACGGGGUUUUUAUAACUGCACUUUACAAAGGCGCCAACUGGAACUGGCUGUCAAUUUUGUUCAUGUUUGGCAGUCGUCUGUGUUUUGGGUGGUCAACUUACUCUGCAGAGGACUACAAUAGGCGCGCUAGACAUGUGAUUAAGAUUGAAAGAGAAAUAGGAAUAGUCAAAAAACGCGUCUCUGAUAUGGUGCCCGAUCUUCAGGAUUUCUCUUUUCAUGCUGGUGUCAUUGUCGCCAUUGUAAUUUGCUUCAUUAUUGAAGCUUGUCUGCAGUUUGUGGGUCCGGAAAUGGCUGAAUUUUACUCAUUGUUGAUUUUGUCUGGAUUAUCAACAGUUCUGUCGCUUGUUUCCAUUCCAUGCUUGCAUAUCGCGGUUAGACGCCUGUUGAACAUGCCGAUUGAAUGUGAAGCUAAUGCUCAAUGCUGCUCUGCUCCUCGAACGCGUCCUGCCUCAUCAAACGAUGAUGCUGAUCUCACAUCUACAGAUGUAAGUUUAUUUUACUGUUAUUAA